AAUUUGUCACGAGAGCUUUGAAACAUUUCUUUUUGCUAUUAUAAAUGAAAAAUCAAUUAUUAUUUUGGACAAAAAGAAAACAACAGAAUUAAACUACGUAUUGUAUCAGACGAAUAAAAUAAAACAAGAAUGUGUGUGUGAAAAAUAUAGAGAAGAACAACAUUAGCUUGGUGUACGCGUGGCAUCCAAAUCCGAAAAUAUCCGAUCGACGAAGAGGAAAAGUUUCGAGGGAUUACAGUCUUCUAGAAUAAUGGGCGAGAAAACGUUCAAUCUUACUUGGAACAAUCACCUUGCAAACUUGUCAGGUUUGUUCGAGGGUCUUUACAAAAGUGGCUCCCUCACGGAUGCGACCUUAGCUUGUCAGGGUGGCAUGUUAAGGGCACAUAGGCUUGUUCUGGCAGCAUGCAGUCCAUACUUCGAAAGAGUUUUCAAAGAACAUUAUGGAGAACAACCUAUUCUCAUACUCAAAGGUGUUGCAGUGGAAGAAAUGGAAUGUCUUUUGGAUUUCAUGUAUCGUGGAUCAAUCGACGUAGCCGAAGAACAUUUACCAUCGUUGAUAAAAACAGCGACAGAUUUGGAAAUACGUGGUCUAUCGGGUGAUCAAAGAAAUCAGGAUAACAAUCGAAAUUCUUAUAACAGAUUAGAUUCAUCGAGAACUCAACGAUGUCACAUAGAAGCAAGAGUACAUACAACCGAGUAUAUAAAAGAACCAUCGGUUAUUCCUUUUUUACCAAAACAAUCGUCGGUUGAAUCGUUGGAGGAUAACAUCAAGGUCGAAGAGAUCGAGGUCGAGGACGAUCCUAUGGUCAUGGACGGUCACGAAGAUACAUACGACGAACCAUUACGAUCAUCCGGAACGCAAAUCAGACGUAUACCACCACCAAUGUAUAAAAGAGAGACCAGAUACAAGGGACAAAAAAGAGUAUCGGUAGGUCGUAUAACAAGAAAUAGUGAUCCAUUAGAAAUCAAACCAAAGGAUCGUUCAACUUUAAGGGACGAUGAUAGAGAUUGGCGUUACGAGGAUGCGAGUAGUACUGUAAAAUCAUUCAACAAUGGUUCUAUUGAUCCAACGGUACCAGAUAUUCAAAUGAAUGAUGAUUUGAGAGAACGAGAAGAAAAUAUGAUAUCACCAAAGAGCCCAGAAGAAACCUUGAGAAUAGGUGUAAAAAGAAAAGCAGAUAUGAUUACAAAACGUGGUAGUGGUAGUAAUGGUAGUGCUAAUGGUGGUAGUGCUAAUGGUGGUGGUGGUGGUGGUGGUAGUGGGGGUGGUAUAAACGAAGGAAGGGAAGUUAAAAGUUCAUUAAAAUCCGAACGUGCACAAUACAAACCUUUUUCAUGCGACCUUUGUAUAUUGGCUUUUACACGAGCAUCACAUUUGGCAAGACACAGAAGAGUUCAUACAGGUGAAAGACCAUUUGCGUGUAACAUAUGUCCAAGAAUGUUUGCAAGACAAGACAAAUUGAAACAACAUUUGGAUUCUCAUUUACAAUCAUCCAAAAAAAAGACCAACUUAAAUUCAACUCCAACAAUUUCUACGCCAUCUUUACCGGUUAAAGGAAAACGUGGAAGACCCAGAAAGGUUAACACCGAACAAACGGCCAUGCAGGAUUUUUUAAAAUUCGGUGAAUUUAGUUCGUUACUCGACAAAUCGCAAACCAAUGACGUUGGUUUAUGUAAAAACGAUGAAAAUUCUAGCAAAACAUCAUCGUCAACGAGUGCUACAACAACCAUGACGUCUACGACUACGAUUACCACGGAUCUUGAUAAAAGGGGACACAAUCGGGAUGAUUUUUCUAAACAGAGGGAUCUUCUUAACGAUAGCAACAAAGAUAAGGAAGAUGAUAAGGAUAAGGAUAAUUAUGGGUGUCAGGUUGAAAAUGGUCAAGAUAUCGUUUAAUGUAACUUGACAAUGUUUCCAUAGUUUUCGCUUUAAUCAAAAGUAACUUUUCUCUGUUUAAAGUUAUGAUCAUUUAUAACGUAACAUAAGGUAAUUCUCAUUUAUUUAUUUAUACAAAAAACAAAAAAAAAAAGAAAGAAAAGAAGAAAAACCAACGGAAAUUUUUUUGCACAGAUUUAAUUAUUAAUUAAUUAUUCUUCCGUUUAUUCACGUAUAAUUGUACCUGAGUCUGAUUAACACUGACGGAUUAUGUGCUAUAUACAUUUUUAUUAAGAAUUAUUUGCAUAAAGAAGAAAGUAUUGAUAAAAGGAGAAAAUAUAAAACAUAAGUUUGAUUUUUUAUUCAAGGAAUAACACUUUUAAAAAGUGAUUUUGAUAGGAUCAAAAAUUUAAUACGACAUUCAAGUAAAUACGAAAGGGGAAUGUUCGUUUUAAUUAUUAAUAAUCGUAUUGUAUUAGGAUGAUUAGAAUGAAUUAAUAUAAACAAGAUUGAAGAUUCGAAUUUAACGAUAGAUGGAAAAAUAUAAUUUAAUUUAGGGUUUCUCAAAGUUUAUCCAUUCGAUUAAACUCCCUUCUUCAUUUCUAUGGUUCAAUCUUUUCGUUACACUGUGCAUUAAUUUUAUACUAUUUUUAUUUUUAUUAUAUUAAACUUACACACAUGAUUAUACGUUUAGUUUAGAAUUCAUUUUGGUUUAUCUAAAGAAUUGAUUAUUUUUAUUUCAAAUGUUGACGAACCCCAUUUAUGGACCAUACACUUUGAGAAAUUCUGAUUUUAUUUAUCAACUCCAUCAAUUUUAUUCGUCAUUCGUUGUUUUAUACGAUUACCAAAAAAAAAAAAAAAACUAAUAAACCUAUUAACUUAACACUUAAAAUGCAUACAACGGUAUUAUAGAUAACAAAAUACGUUUACCAUAAAAUAUUUAUUAUGAAAUUAGGAACGUAAUGCUUUUAACGAUACCCCCUCCGGAUCGUUUAAAUAAUUUAUAGAUAUUAUAAAAUACGUAUUGCAAAAUAUGUGCAAAAUUGUUUACUUAUAAUUGGUGAACUCAAUGAUAACGCAUUGUUAACCAAUUAUUUAUGUUAACAAAAAAUAUUAUAC